AUGGCUUUCAAAUUUAAGCAUUUCAUCUUCUUCAUAUAUGUAAUAGUACUCAUUCUUCUCACAUCCACUACUGCGUCAAUAUCACUUGAUAAGGAGUGCGUAGCUUUGUUUGAAUUCAAGCAAAGUAUUCUUUAUCAAUCAGCUGCCAAUUUGGAUGCUAGUAGCGGGUUUCAUAAAUUUGACUCUUGGGGGAAGAUCACAAGCAAUAAGAAUAGUAGUAAUGUUUUUGACGAUUGUUGUUUGUGGGAUGGUAUAAUGUGUAGCAAUAAUAAUGAAGCAGGUCAUCAUGUAAUCGGGAUUGAUUUGGGAGAAAGCCUUGUUAGCGGGCGUAUCAGCUCUAACAGUACCCUUUUCGACCUUGUCCAUCUUAAGUCCCUCAACCUCUCGAUGAACGAUUUUUCAGAAUCUCAGAUCCCGUCUGAGAUAUCUCGUCUAAAGCAUCUGACAAGCCUCGAUCUCUCGUACUCUGGAUUCUAUGGACAAAUCCCACAUGAAAUCUCACACUUAACAAAACUCACUUUUUUAGAUCUGUCAUCGAAUCCACUGAAGCUACUGACUCCAGCUAGCCGCUUGUUGCAAAACAUGACCAGACUCGAAGAACUCAAUCUCUCGGGGGUUAACAUCAGUUCUUCCGUACCUCGCUUCUUGGCCAAUUUUACUUCCUUGAGAAAUAUUUCAUUUACCGAAGCUACACGUCUUAACGUAGCACAAAACUCUAACCUCACUGGUUCUUUGCCUGAAUUCCGUAACAACACCUUAUUUGAGCAUUUGCUUUUAGCGUUCACGGGUUUUUCUGGAGUUAUACCCACAUCCAUUAGCAACCUAAACCGAGUGGUAAACUUGGUCCUUAGUGAAUGCUACUUUUCGGGGAGCAUUCCACAGACACUCUCUAACUUGACACAACUUACUAACUUGGGUCUGGGUCAAAAUGGAUUCUCUGGCCAAGUUCCUUCACUAGGGAGUUUGUCUAAACUCCUUAUUUUGGGACUUAGUGACAACGAAUUCGACAAGGGACCCAUGCCUGAUUGGAUUGGGAAACUAACCAACCUUCAAAGGCUGUAUCUAAAUAGACUGAAUAUCUAUGAUGAAAUCCUACCCUCUCUUGCAAACCUUACACAACUUCUUUCUGUCUCUAUUAGGGAAAACUAUAUAUUUGCUCCUGUCCCUGUAUCGUUUAUGAACCUUACCCAGUUAAUUGAGAUCGACCUUAGAGGAAACCAACUGCAGGGACCAAUUUCUAAAUCAUUUUCCAAUUUCAAAAGUCUCCAAUAUCUUAGCCUAGAUGAUAACAACUUUAGCGGCACAGUGAACCUAGACACGUUCUUAGGACUCAACAAGCUCCAAAGUUUAUAUUUAAGUGAUAAUAGAGUUUCGUUUGUCUCCACCAAAAACUACACCGAUGGCAUCAUCGUCCUACCAGAGUUGAGAAACCUUGGACUGUCUUCAUGCAACUUGAAGGAGUUCCCUCCCUUUUUGCGCUUCCAAGCUAAAUUGGAGGUCUUGUUACUGGACAAGAACAAAAUCGAGGGCCUUAUACCUAUGUGGAUGUGGAACAACAGCAAGGAAACGUUACGAGUGCUUGACCUUUCAUACAACUUCAUAACCGGAUUUCCUAACCUUUCUCAAUUCUUACCAUGGGCUCAUUUACAAGCAUUUAGUAUCACGUAUAACCAGUUACAAGGACCACUGCCAAUCCCACCAAAGACAAUAGUUUUUUACGAUUUCUCUAAAAACAAUCUGACAGGGGAGAUACCGUCGUUGUUAUGUGAACUGACAUCCCUUCUGCUCCUAGACUUGUCGUCUAACAAGAUGAGUGGAACUCUUCCUCCAUGUAUCGGAAACUUAAGUAGUUCAUUGUCGGUUUUGGAUCUUAAACGAAAUAACUUUCAUGGAACAAUGAUGAAUACAUUUACGUAUGGAAGCCAGUUGAAGAGGAUUGAUUUCAGUGAAAAUCGAUUUGUGGGUCAGCUACCAAAAUCAUUGGUGAAUUGUACCCGUUUAGAAGUUCUGUCUCUUGGGGAUAACUCUUUUGAUGACAUCUUUCCGUCUUGGCUGGGAGCUCUAGAGGAGCUGAAAGUUCUCAUUUUGCGGUCCAACAACUUUUAUGGUGCAGUUCAUCAAAGUCCAACAAGUAAUUAUAAAUCAGAUUUCUCCAAUCUGCGGAUCAUCGACCUCUCAAACAAUGGUUUUACUGGUCCAUUGCCAGACAAGUACUUUCAAAGUUGGGACGCAAUGAAAUCUGUUUAUGCUGCAAAACCAGUUGCUAUGAGCUUAGAAGUUAACUUUGGCCGGGGCUUCGGGAAGGUUUAUCAAUAUUCGAUGACAUUGACAAACAAAGGUGUCAAGAGAGAAUACGAGAGAAUUUUAAACAUAUUCACAGCUAUUGAUCUCUCUAGUAACAAAUUUGAAGGGCAGAUCCCACCGUCACUCCAAGAACUUCGAGGCCUUGAAUCACUUAAUCUUUCCAACAAUGAUCUUAGCGGUCGUGUCUUGACAUCUUUGGGGAACCUAAAGAAUCUCGAAUCUUUGGAUCUCUCCCAAAACAUGCUGACAGGAAAAAUCCCUCAAGAGUUGUUGAAACUCGGCUUCCUUGCCAUUGUAAAUGUGUCAAACAACCUUCUCGACGGGCACAUACCUCAAGGGAAACAGUUCAAUACAUUCGAGAAUAACUCUUACAUAGGUAAUCCUGGAUUGUGUGGACAACCAUUAUCUAAUGAAUGUGAAGACUCAAAGGCAACAACACCUUCACUAACAAGCAACAAUAAUGAGUCUGAGUACUCCGGGUCUCUCCUCCCAACUGGCGCAAUCGACUGGACUGUCAUAUUUUCAGGAGUUGUAAGCGGUUUUGUAACUGGAAUUGUUUUUUUGAGGUCUCGAUUUGCAAGGUAUAGUGAUUGGCUCAUUGAGCGAUUCGGGUUGAAGAAGGACAGAUGGAAGCUCAAUUUCUUCGCCAAAUCUGAAAUCCCACCUGAGAUUGCUCGUCUAACGCAACUAAAAAGCCUUGAUCUUUCUAAAUCUAACUUCACUGCCCAACUACCUUUUGAAAUCUUGCAGUUGGUGCAACUGUGUUUGUUAGAUCUGUCUUGGAAUUCACUAGCUCUCCAAAGUCCUAACUUUGAGAUUCUAGUGAAAAGAUCAACUUUACUAGAAGAACUCCAUGUCUCUGGGGGAGCUCAUGGUCCGCUCAUCGAUCACGUGUCCCCUCGAAUGAUUAUGGCAGCAGGGUUCCAAUUGUCUUCAAAGGUUAUUGAAUUAAUUCACAAUGGUUUGUGGAAAUGGCCUGUUCAUUGGGUGAAUUAUUUUCCGAAUCUUGAUGUUCCUCGUCUGAUGGGUAACCAGCAAGAUCAGGUUCAAUGGCAAGACAGAGGCGGGCGGCUGGGUGGGUUUUCAGUUGGAAAUGCCUGGGAGGUUUGUCUUGGUGUAAAUAGGAAGGCCGACAUCAAUCAGAACUCCACUGAUUGGGAUUCGAUUAUUGUCAAUGGCCUUAUCGCCUCGGCUAAAAAUAGAUCGUUCUUCAGUGUUGUUGCAAAGUUAAUGCAACGGUCUAUUUUAUUUGGCAGGAGAGAAAUGCAAGACUUAUCAAACAAAGGAAGAGAUCGGUUGAUCAGAUGGUAG